CUGUAGUAUUGUAGACUCACUUUUGAACGAUUGGUUCGUUCACCGCACCCAUCGUUUGCCGUGUUUGAUUAUUGCUUAUUCGGAGACAUUAGCUGAAUCAUAAAUGAGCCAGUGUGCGCUGCGAAAAAUGUUUCAGCUCGCGAUAUCUGUGAUGAAUUUUUAUUCCGUCGUCCCAUCUGCACAGGCGAAUGCUUGGAUUCGCUGUAAAAGCUUCUUUUCCGACGACCGAUAACACUACCUACGAAACUUUCGCGCGUUUGAUCUUGCCUCCGCGGACCAUGUUGUUACAAUUUUCUCAAAAUUUUCUCCAUGAUUUCCUCCUCCAUGUCUCCAGCUUGAUGGGCUGCGGACAUGAUAAAGUCACGCCGAGUGUAGGGAUGCCUAGUUAAGGGCCUUACCUCUCCUGCAGCGAUUACCUGUGUAAACUAGCUGCCGUGGUUGUCUAGCGAGAUGGAGGACUUGGAACGGUUGCGGCAGCCGUGGGAGCCAAACGAGCACUGGGCCAUGCGUCGAGAGUUCAUCCGACGGCACCGGAACAGAUUUCCAGAGAACCGACUUCUCUGUUUGGCCCAGACAUUUGUGAACAUGGAACUUCUUGGGUGCGCAUACCCAGCUCGCGUAGCAGAACUUGUGCGCGAGCUAGCGAAAGACUUGCCCAGGUCGGAGCGCGCCAAGGCCCCCACAGUUGCACCCGUCGCCUUCGUGAGGGCCAGUGACCCGUCGCCAAAAGAAGCUUCGUUAGAAGUUACUGCAGGGUCGUAUACCGCUGUGCCAGACAGACAGCAAUUCGUAGGUGGCUAUGCGAACAGGGCUGGCCUCGGAUGCAAGCCUCGCCAAGAACCUGCGGGCGGUGACAAUUCUCUCGACCCUAGCAACGCUGUGCCUCCCAGGCAGCAGUUUGUGGGCGGCUUUGCGAACAGGGCUGGCCUUGGGUUCGAGUCGCGCAAGCGGUCGCCUGAUAGCGAUUUUCCGGACUAUGCCAGCGCCGCGAAGUUUGCGCGUAAGCCAAUCGACAAGCCUUCAGGAAAAAGUGCUCCCGCGCCACCCGAAGGACCGCCGCCUCCAGUCGAUUCCAAAGAUUCUACUAGGCUCCCGAAAUUCCAGGCCGCAGCGCAGAUGAUCAGAGACGACGUAAUCAGCGGGCCCAACACGCUGGACAAGCUGCAGCAGGUGUUCUCCAAGUGCGGCUUUAGUCUAGACGUGCAGUUCGAGGAGCAGCCUGCCCAGAAGCAGAAACCCCUCACGUUUGAAUGUGUCGUAUGCUCGGACGGUGAAACACUGGGAAAGGCGUCAGCCUCUAGCAAAAAAGAGGCAAAGCGCCUUGCUUUUCAGGUAAUCUGGGACGGUUUCUCCCGUGUUCCGGAUCGCCCCAAGACGCCCGUGCGCGUGCCUGCGCCGCCUCGCAAGUUCGAACAGAGUGGCAACCGCGUUAACGCCAGAAAACAGCAAACCAGCCCUGAGAAGGUUUGCACUCAGCAGAAUUUGACUGAUGAUGAUGGCAUGCUAGAUCUAGAAACACUGGUUGUGGUUCAAGCAUUGAAUUCUUCCUGUGACGCUAUGUCAACCUUGAGCAGGACAGCAUGCGCAAACAGGCUGAGAGGCACUUUCGAAGUGGAGAGUGCCGAAUCUGGGUUUAAGUGCACAUACAUACUUGGGAACUGUGAAAUCAAACACGGUGUGGGUGAGACAAAGCAGGAGGCGAAGCUCGAAGCAGCAUCUGCGUCCCUGGCAUACCUUCAAAGUCUAGCUCCUACACUUCGGAUGAAAUGCCGUGUAGAUGGACAUGGUCCUGAGUUGACCAAGAACACUUUUGGCACUCCUGGUGAGAGCAGUGCCCAGGGACAAAUAGCCUCUGAAAACAUUGGCCAUAAGCUGCUCAAGAUGAUGGGUUGGAGUGGUGGUGGGAUAGGCAAGGAAGGUCUUGGCAUUGUGGAACCUGUUAUGCUUAAGGAAACAUGUGGCCGGAAUGGCCUUGGCUUCAGUGGGGGCCCUGCCCGCAUGAAUAGCAACUUCAAGACAAAAGUUCAUCAGGUGCUUAAGGAGUUUGCAGACACAGUGGUGCUGCAGGACCUUGUGUUUUCGCCUGAGUUUGACAAUGAAGAAAGGAAGUAUGUGCACUCGGUGGCGCGCAGGUACGGCCUCAAAAGUGUAAGUGUGGAUGGACCAUCAGGCAGGUUUCUCACAGUGCGCCACAAACUAUCUGUGCGGCAACUUGUGGACACAAUCCUUGCCUCAGGACCAACAGAAAAGUAUGAAGUUGUCAUGCCAGCACUGCAAAAUUCUGAUGAAGAGAGUUGACACUGAUCACUGAGGUGCAAAGUUGCUGCAUGGUGUUGCACUGUAUAGUGGCAGUUAGUGAAAGAAUGCGUUCAAGCAGUGGCUGCAGAUAAAAAUUUCGCUGUAACAAAUCAAACCAGAUUGCAAUGAUUUAUGUGAAUAAAAUGGACUUACGCUGGCAGUUCUUUGACGGA